AUGGAAAACCAUGGAAGAGUUUUCCAGGAGAUGGACGUUCACGAGAGGGUGGUCCAGGAGAUGGGGGCUGAGAAAAUUCACUGGGAGUCGCCCGCGGAGAAUAAACCGGCUGAAAUCUGGAGUUCUACCAAAGGCUCGGAAGAGAACCCUGGCUCUGGUGAUGUCCGCCGAAAUGGGAUCCCAGCUGACGAUAAGGUGCCAGAGAUCCCUAGUCCGGGAAGAACCUCGGAAGGAAGUUCAAGAGGGUCUCAGCGGAGCUUCAAAAUGCUGCAUCCGCUGCCAAUGCCUUGA